UGUCUUCCUCUGUGGCUGCGGAUACGACGCGCGUGACGUUCACGGAAGUGUCACAGCGAUUACCAGCAUCAUGUCUGUCCAGAACCUGGAGGAAAACAACGGAGACGGGAAUUUGUCUCAAGUUCGUCACGUUGUGCUGAUCCUGUCUGGAAAGGGAGGUGUGGGGAAAAGCACCAUCACCACACAGUUAGCUCUGGCUCUCACACACGCUGGCAACAAGGUUGGUAUCCUGGACACGGACCUCUGUGGACCCAGUAUCCCCCGCAUGCUGAGUGUCGGCCGGCCUGAUGUGCACCAGUGUGACUCAGGCUGGGUUCCUGUCUACACCGAUAGCCGGAAGAAUCUGGCCCUGAUGUCCAUUGGCUUCCUAUUGGCAGACCCAGAUGAAGCAGUGGUGUGGAGAGGGCCCAAGAAAACAGCGUUGAUCGGCCAGUUUGUGUCUGAUGUGGCGUGGGGAGAACUUGACGUGCUGCUAGUGGACACACCACCAGGGACAUCUGAUGAACAUUUGGCCAUACUGGAAAACCUCAAGAAGCACAGAGUGGAUGGAGCCGUGUUGGUCACCACACCACAGGCAGUGUCUACAGGAGACGUGAGGCGAGAGAUCACGUUCUGUAAGAAGACCGGUGUGCGAGUCCUGGGCGUCAUCGAGAACAUGAGUGGUUUUGUGUGUCCACACUGCUCCGAAUGUAGCAACAUCUUCUCAAAGGGCGGUGGAGAGGAACUCGCCAAACUGACUGGAUCAGUAUUCCUAGGUUGUGUGCCUCUGGAUCCUCAGCUGAGCAGCAGCAUCGAGGAGGGCAAAGACUUCGCCGAGUUGUUUCCCGACAGCACCACAUUCAGUGCCAUCAGCAGUAUUUCACACACGAUUCUCAACAGUCUACAAACCACAUGAGCAACGACGGUAAACUUCUGGACGACGUUUUGAUUUCAGCACAUAGACUUUGUUGAGAAAGUACAUUGCUCUUUGUUAUUCAUCAUUAAAGGUAUUUUCUACUUUGUUCCAUUCAAACGUGCAGUUUAAUGGAAGAUGAGAUAAAGUACAAGACUUGUGUGCAGUUUGAGGCACAAAGUGUGACGCCUGUCAUCUGUCACUGCGGACUCCAACAGCAAUAAAUGGAAACUUGCAAUAAAUCUGCUAAAGAUG